AGAUAACUGAUCAUCAUUGUGGGAUUUUCCGUGAAUAUCUCCUUCCUUCGGGAUGGAGGAGACCAAAAUAAUUUACUACAUUGAUGACGAGGAUACUCCUUAUUUGAUAAAAUUACCGAUACCCGCCGAUCGUGUCACUUUGGGGGAUUUCAAGAAUGCUUUGAACCGUCCAAAUUAUAAAUUCUUUUUCAAGUCUGUGGAUGACGAUUUUGGUGUUGUUAAAGAAGAAAUAAUAGAUGAUGAGACACGAUUACCUUGUUUUAAUGGACGAGUAGUAUCAUGGUUGGUGCCUGCCGAAAGUAGUACGUCCGAUACCCAGUCACAAUGUACAGAUUCACAGUCUGGGGAUGUUCAGAUGCCUUCCGAAAGGCUAGGUGGCAUUGGAGACAGUCGGCCACCAUCUUUUCAUGCAAAUGCGUCUGUUGUAAGUCGAGACCAGAGCUGUGACACAUGUACAGAGACAGACUCAGUCCUGAGUUCACGACGAGAUCGACCUAGAAGUUCACGCCAUACUCACAACAGUUUUAACCACAGUUAUCGAGACCGUCGUAACCAUAACGACCCCAAUGCUCCCCCAAGGAUCAAUGGACACAGUAAGCAUCACAGAGACCGAGGACACACAUACGACUCAUCAACAGUACUUAGUAGCGAUAUUGACACCACCAGCUUCUUCGACUCCGAAGAUGACAGCAGAUUCUCCACCGUCACAGACACUACGAAUAGGUCAUCAAAAUAUGGUCGACACCGACGAAGACGGCGGAAACACAGAUUGCCUCCAAUCAGUAGGGCAUCUUCAUUUAGUAGUAUAACAGACUCCACAAUGUCUCUCAACAUCAUCACAGUCACAUUAAAUAUGGACACUGUGAAUUUCCUUGGUAUCAGUAUUGUCGGGCAGAGUAAUAAAGGAGGGGACGGGGGUAUUUACGUCGGCUCAAUAAUGAAAGGGGGUGCUGUAGCCCAGGAUGGUCGUGUAGAACCUGGGGAUAUGAUCUUAGAGGUGAAUGGGGUCAGUUUUGAAAAUAUGAGUAAUGAUGAUGCUGUUCGAGCUUUGAGGGAAGCUGUUCAAAAACCAGGUCCAAUUACACUAGUCGUUGCCAAAUGCUGGGACCCUAAUCCUAAAGGAUACUUCACAGUCCCUCGUCAGGAACCCGUACGGCCGAUUGAUCCCUCCGCGUGGGUGGCCCAUACAACAGCAAUGAGGGGAGACUUCCUGUCUCGGGGCGGGCCAAGCCCUUCUCUCAGCAACAUGACCUCCACUACUAGUUCCUCUCUCACUAGUUCUAUACCUGAGUCAGAGCGAUUUGAUGACUUAAACCUCACCAUUAAUACUGAUAUGGCAACGGUUGUCAAGGCGAUGGCACAACCUGACUCGGGAUUGGAAAUCCGAGACAGAAUGUGGCUUAAAAUAACAAUACCAAAUGCUUUUAUAGGUUCAGAUUUAGUAGACUGGCUCUUCACACAUGUAGAUGGGUUUGCUGAUCGAAGGGAUGCGAGAAAAUAUGGAUGUAAUUUACUAAAGGCAGGAUACAUCCGGCACACUGUUAAUAAAAUAACUUUUUCGGAACAGUGCUAUUAUGUGUUCGGUGAUCUCUAUGGAAAUGGACCCGUUUAUCCAGAUCUGUCGACCUUGAGUUUAGAGGAUGUAGACUCUGUGUCAGAAGCUGACCGUGACACACUGGCCCCGCUUCCUCCUCCCCAUUGGAACAACCAGUAUCCGUAUGGUAACACAAGCUACCUACCUACGAACCUCAGCUACAUCCCGCCCUACAGUUACACCAGCACAGAUAGUCAGAGCUACGUUGGCAGCUUUGUUGACGGUAUGGACAAGUCCGUGACUGGCGGAGGAGGAAAUAACAGUGCAGGAAGUGUACACAGUGCAUCAGUUCACAAUGCUUGCUCAUGUCUGCCAGUAAAUCUACCGGCGGCUCAACGGCUGUUGUCAAAAACUUUGUGUAUCGAGUCAGCCGAGCCCAACAACAAUGUCCGUGGUAAAAAAUCUGUGUCAAAAUCUCCUAUAACCACGGUCACCAAGGAGACUGUUGAUACGGAAACAGAGGCUAGACACAAGUCUGCACCCUCACCCACUCCACCUGUAGAAGCUGAUGGCACAGGAAGCAGUGCAUCUGGAAGCAGUCGAAAGGAAAAGGACAAAUCUGACAGAAAGUCAGGAAGUCCGGCAGGAAGUGGGGGCAGUGAUACGGAGACCGCAAGUCUAGCAAGUGCUCGGCGUGUACAAGUUGUACCAGCCCCACCAUCAACUAACAUGAUGCCGCCAAAUAUGAUGCCACCAAAUAUGAUGCCACCAAAUAUGAUGCCGGGACAAGCACUGCCUCCUCCCCCAAGGGACCUGUCUAGUAUGCCACAAGAUUUAAGUGGCAGUAGACAGUCUUUCAAAAUGGCUAUGGGAAAUCCAUGUGAGUUUUUUGUGGAUGUCAUGUGAUCCAUCAUGUGGCCCCUAUACAGCCAAUCAGCUAUCAUUAUUUGCAUGCUGAAAAAAACGUUAUAUAAGAAUUGGAGAUUUGAUUUCCUGAAUGGGAUAUUUUAUAACAUGGAAAGAAAUUAGUUAAGGAAGACAUUUAUGACAUCUUGUCAUAUAUUUGCUUUUAAAUCAUGAUAGUUAAAUCAAAAUUCAGGCCAAUGGAACGGUACAUGACAGGAUAGUCUGCAGAGAGAUAGGAAUGGACAGGAAUUUGUUUGUUGUGUGAUAUUUAUGAAUGUACAGUUAACUCAUUAGUCUGCAUGAUCAAGUCCCGACAUAUCCUCCUGUAGUUCAUACAACUUGUAUACUUCAUACUGUAUGCUAAUGUAUCGCCAAGUUGUUUUUAGCAUGUUUGCAAAUAUAAUUUAUUUUAGAAGAUUUGGUGUGAGGAAGUGAGCGUGACUGUAAUACAGAAUUUGAAUGUUAAUGUGUCCUUUACCUUUGCAAUCAUAGCGAUGUAUAAACCUAUAGAUAAGUCGCUAUUAUUGGAUGGGUUGUUUAACAUGUAUAGUCAGUUUUGAUGAUGGCUUUAAGCCUAGUUGUCUUCUUACUUUCACUGUAGGCGAUUCAGUCAUCGACUCAUGACCUCUGACCUUCACCCUGACCCUCAUCUCCAUGGUUACAGCUUCCUUCCAUGAUCGCCGCAUUAGCUGGACUAAGGCCUGUUUCUUUGCGUGCGCGUUCAGUACAGGCUGAUAACAGGGGUCACCUCCUGUUACCACGGAAUCGUGCUUGGUGCUUUUAACUACUAAACCUUCAACAGCAGUAGGCCUAGUCGCUACGGAUCAUGUGACUUGUCACAUGAUCACCUUGGCUCCUCCUUCUUCCUGGUCCACCUCGUCUGGAGAUCGUAAAUUUUCUAUUUGUACUCUGAAUGGUUGUCGCUGUCUUCUGUUUAAGUCACUUGUGAUUAGUUUUAUAAUAAUUUACAAAACACAUUUUUAUUAUUUUUAUUCCGACAAUGAAUUUCUUGAUUGAUUUUGUUCAGGUAUCUAGUGAUUGCAUUAAGGUCCUGUAUGCAUGACGUUGUUGUGAUAAGCUUGCCUUCCAUUAAGGUUCUUGGUGAUUCCAUCUCAUUUACGCUCUGGAAGAUGCUAGACUGAUUCUUUUAUUCUCUAUCAUUCAUUCUGUCGAUCUUUCUGUGUCUUUCUAUUUGUAAUCUUCCUCAGUUGCAGCAUGUUUAUGUGUGGAAAGAUGCCCAGGGUGUUAAGAGAUGUGCUUUGCCUGCAUAUCUUGAUUUGGCAUGAUUAUCACAUGGACGUAGAUAUUUUAGAGAAGACAUUUUACGUUGGGUUUUUUUUUAUGUCCCUUUUUUUUUAAUUUUAACUAAAUUAUAUCAACUGGUUGUCAAUUUUUUAUUUUUGAAUUUGUCAAAAUGAAAUCAAGUUACAACUAUAUGUUUACAUCACUGCUGAUUUUAACUCCAAAGAUUGGAAAAUGGAAGAGUUACGAUUUGUAAUAAUUAUGUGCUUCGAUAAGUUUUUUUUCCUUCAUUGAGAGAGAUUUAAAUUGAUUCAUGAUAAACAUUGAACAUUAUGGUCAGAAUCAUGGUUGAUAAUCAAUUAUCUGUUUGCUCCAAAGUAACAUAGAUCAAGCUGAAAACAUAACUAACCAAACAAAAGUUAUGUAUUCUUUUGCAUUUUUACGGAAUAAAUUUUUUUUGUAAGUAUUCCACUCUGUUUUUUUACCUUUACCAAAAGACUUUUGCUAUUUUAUUUAGAAAAUUAUAGAUCUAUUUUAUUUCAAUGAAUCAAUUUACUUUUCAGUUAUUUAUGCCUGUUGGUCUGUUUUACUGAUGCUGAUGAAUGCAUUUUAAAACAAAAUGUCUUUUGAUGAAAAUUAUCUUUCAGAUCUCUGGUUUAAAUUAUAUAAAAAAAAAAAGGAAAGAUUAUGAGUUUUGUCUGUCCAGCUGCCCAACUACAUUCAUACCACCUACAGCAAAUACUGAGCCUUAUUGUUUCAUGUUUACAUUUAACAAUUGAAUCAAUGUAUUGCUUCCUGUGUUUGCCCCAGUACAGAAAAUUUUCAGGCAAUGGAUUUGAUAUCAAUAGUGAGUGAACAUUCUUCAUCAGAUAUCAUUCUCAAGUGAGACAAAACAGGUACUUGUAGUUGUGUGAAAUUAUCAAACAGUGUCACAAAUUAUACACAUAUUACAAUGUUUACAUGCAAUACCUCUGUAUUUCAGUUUUAAUCUGUAUGAUUCUGUAUUGUGAUUGAUUAAUUGAUGUUGGAUAUUUUUUAUCGAGGAAAAAAUCUAAUCUUGUUAGCUAAAAUAUACAAGCAUUUGUUCUAAAUUUUCAUUUUUUCAAAUUUCAAAAAAAAAAUUAAAAUUUGCUAAUUGUCUUAAUCUACACAAUAUCAAGUGGAAACAUGAAAUGGCAACACUCUCAAGAGACAGUCUACAUGGACAAGAAGAUUGAUAAUUUUUGAAUACAGUAUAUAUAUAUUUAUACAUAAAAUGUGCUAUAUGUAACAUACAGAAACUGCAUUGCUAGCAUCUGUAGACACCUGAUCUGUGUAGUCAACUUCAGCUCAACAUUUACUUGCAUAUAAGAUGAACUGAAAUACAAUGUUUCGCAUUGGAUCAAUACCAACAUAUAGAAAUCUUGUAGCUUUCAGAUGUUUAUUUACUUAUGAACAUUGAAUUUUAGUUUUUAAAAAAAACAAAAAGCAGACAUGGUAUUUCAGAAAUAGUAAUGUGUAGUGAGUAUCUGCUGCUGUUUUCUUGAUGUAAUGAAAAGUUGCAAUGUUUUACUCUUUGAACAAAUUUUGCCAGAAAUUGCAGUAAUGAAGAUAAAGAUUUGCCAAAUCAUGAUUCAGCCAAAUUAAAAUUCUUUCUCCUAUGAAUAUUUUCAAGGAUAUUGUAAAAUUUUGUUUUGUCAAAAUCAAACUGAUAUUGCACAGGUUGUUAUUUUCUCAGUUUCCAAUUUUUCACUUUUUUUUUCAAGAGUGAAAUAAAAAUGUGAAAAAUAGAUAACUUGGAAAUAAAUUUCGUAAGUUUUAUGACUUAAUAUAAAUCCAUAAUAAAAAAAAUAAGUGUGUCAAAAGUUUUUUGAUAGAACCGUGACAAUUUUAACCAUAGAAAAACAGCUUUCACAGUACACAUGAUCAUUUAUUACCCAGUGAUAAUAGGCUGGGUAUAUGAUAGCCUGUUCUAUCUUUGUAGAACAGUCUUCUGAGUUUAUAUCAAUGUAAUCUGCUGAUGUUUAAUAUGUUAGGCAUUAUAUAACGCAUUUCAUCAGAAGUGGCUCAGCAGUGGAUCCGACCAUCCUGGGGGUGGCUUAAGGUGAUGAGGAACUGUGUUAUUUAUAGAAGACACAGGUGUUUCAAUUGUACAAAGGCAAGACCUAGACGAGCCAAUGUUGGCAGAAAUAGGAAAGCGGUGCUUAUGGUUGUGUUAGUGAAGGAAAAAUGAUGGAAUAUAUUUUAUUGUCAUGAAACCAAAUGCAGUAAAAAUGCAACUAUGUGAUGGGAAUUAGGUAUGUGUGUAUGUCUUUGCUUGUACAACAUGUAUGGAAAGAGAAAGUAGGCUGCAUCAGUCGCUGUAAUACAACUGGAACAAUGUCUUCUGGAAAAAAACAACUUUUAAUAUCAUUUAGCUUUAAGUGUGAUCAUUACUGUUCAACCCUGUAUGCAAAAUGUGUGUAGAGUGGGAGUGAGGAUCGAAUAUAUGAGGUGAGGAGAACAUUUUAAGACGAUGUGUGUUAACAUGUCACUCAAGCUUGGAGUGUUACUUUCUGUCUAAUGUCUUCUGCUAAAUAAUUUAGUCAUUCUUGUUUCAAAUUCUCAAGAAGAUGUGAAUUGCUGUCCCAGUUUAACCAUAUACUGACUUCACCAUUUCUUGAGAUUUUAUGUGGAGCUAAAAUUUGAUUCUGAAAAUCUCACAUUUUCUUAGUUUGUAGUCCAAGAUUGGAAAGAUCAUGGUGUUGCUUGGAUUCUUUCAGGGAAGAUAACCAAUUACCUGACUUUUUUUUCAUUUUAUGAAAGAUGAUGUGUUAUUUCCAAAUUGUGCAAUAUUUUGUAUAUAUGAACCAAUACUGUAUAUCUCACUCUGUUUUUAAUCUAUAUGAUACUUUUAAAUCAGUAUAUUUUCAAUCUGAUAAUUCUAUUGAAUGUUUUGAAAUCGCUGAUUACUCAGUAGUGUAUAUUUUGUUUCUUUAUUGUCUUUUACUGAAAUUUUCACUGAUAGAUUCAGUCUUACUUACAUAAUUGCAAAGAUUUAUGAACAGUUUAUUUUAAGUGUUGAAAUUAUACCUUUAAUUUCUUUGAAGUUUUUAUACCACCUGACCCAGCAUAUAAAAUGUAGAUUGAAUUUGGAACAUUAUGUUUAUUCAGAAAGAUAAUAAGAAAAAAGAUAGUUUUAGCAAUUCUCAUUCUACAAAUUUUUAUCUGAAUAAACCAGUGUCACUACUUACUGGUCAAAUUGUAUUUUUUUGUCUGUUAAGGAUGAAAUGGUCAAACUUGACACAAAUUUUUCCAGCUUUAAAGCUGACAGGUCUAGUUUUAAACUGAGAUGAGAAAUUUUGAACUACUGUUGUGUCAUUGCUUAAUAAGUGGAAGUCGUAUGUAUAAAUGAGAUCCCGUCAUCCAAGGCAUUGCCCAGUGAAAAUGUGUAAAAGGGAUUUCAUAUAGCUGCAUGGUAUGAUCCCUUCAUGUAAAAAUGACGUGUAUGUGUUAAGCAGUGUGAAAGUGAUUUAUCAAUGAUGUCGGUGCAAUGAACACAAAGAUAGACAUCGCCUAGUUUUUCUUUUGUCCGGUCAAGUUAACAAAAAGGUCUAUCAGUGAUUCUGAAUGUAACAUUUUAAAUGAAAUACCAUUUGUUUGUAAAACAGUGUUCAUAGUUUACAAGUUAUGGUCAAGGAUUGUCUGCCCUUGUCCAUGAACUUGAAUGAGGUUAUGGUUGAGGGUUGUUUGCCUCUUGUCCAUGACCUCAAAUGUAUAUAGGUUAUGAUCAAGGGUUAUUUGCCCCUCAUCCAUGACCUGUAAUGUUUGCAGGAGAUGGUUGAGGGUUGUAUGCCCUUCUCCAUGAUCCCAUGUUUACAAAUUAUGGUUGAGGGUUGUCUGCCCUUGUCCGAGCAUCACCAUGAUUACAAUGUACUUGGUUGGCCCCCCACCCAGAAGAUGUUUUGUACAGAAUAUUUGAUGGUAGAUGAUUGUGUAAAUGAUAUCGGUCUAGUGGGCCGAAAUAAAAAUGCCCAAUAUAA